AUGCCAGACUUCUCCCCCGUCCUCCCAUCAACAACCUCGGCACCCCCCUCCCCGCCACAUUCCCUCUCCGCCAAAACCAUCACCACCUCCCCAAACCCCCUAUUACCGCUCUACAACCUCGCCGCCAACAUCCCCAUCCCCGCCAAAUUCAAAAAGGCCAAACCCUCUCUUCGGUUACAGCGGGUAAAAUCCAAAGACGAAGCCACCUCUCACGAUGUAACCAAACUGCAAACAUCCUUCGCCAUCCUUCCCUCUCUCAAACAGCUCCAAACCCGCAAAUGGACCCUCUGGGACCUCCAGCACGUGGUGACGUUUGGGUGUUUGGCCUUUUGUCUGCUCAUCACACCAUCAGCCCCGUUUGUCAAGAGCGCCGCGAUGGGGUUGCUAGCGGUUCUGCUGGCCAUGCCAGCGACUAGACAGUUUUUCCUGCCGUCGUUGCCGAUUUGGGUGUAUUUGUUUUAUUUCUUUGCCAGCAGGUUCAUCGCCCCUGAAUACCGCCCCCACAUCUGGGUCAAGGUCCUUCCCGCGCUAGAAAACGUCCUCUACGGCGCCAACCUGAGCAACAUCCUCUCGGCACACACCUACACCAUCUUGGACAUCAUCGCCUGGAUCCCCUACGGCCUCGGCCACUUUGCGCUCCCGCUGGUGACAACGGUGAUGCUGUUUUUGUUUGCCGCCCCUGGGACAACGCCCGUCUGGGCGAGGGCGUUUGGGUACAUGAGCAUCCUCGGCGUGACGAUCCAGAUCCUCUUUCCUUGCACGCCUCCCUGGUACGAGGGUCUGCACGGCCUCGAGCCGGCGCACUACGGCAUGGAGGGCAGCCCGGCUGGGUUGAAGAGGAUCGAUGAGCUGUUUGGCGUGGACAUGUACACGACGAGCUUCACGACCGCCCCGGUGCCGUUUGGCGCGUUUCCUUCCCUGCACGGAGGCGAUGCCGUGCUGGAGAUGCUGUUUUUGCAGUACUGCUUCCCGAGGUUCAGGGCUUUUUUCGUGGGGUAUGUGGUUUGGAUUGCGUGGAGCACCAUGUAUCUGAACCACCACUACGCGAUCGACCUUGUCGGAGGAGGGGUGAUUGCCGCGGUCACGUAUUACAUUGCGAGAACGAAGUGGCUUCCGCGCCCGCAGCUGGACAAGACGACGAGGUGGGAGUAUGAGUAUGUCGAGUUUGGCGACAGGCCGAGGGUGGCGCUCGACGAGGAGUAUGGUGGGAUGGGGUUGGGACUGCUUCAGCGACGGGGGAGCGACGAAUGGACUCUUGGGAGCUCGUCGAGCUUCGACUCGAUGAGCAGGGGGGACACCCUCUGCGGGAGCAGCAGCUCUUCGCCGAAUAUCCUCAGCCCGACGACGCCGAAUGAUGACCACCAUGGGGGGGACCUGUGGAGCAAAGUCCGGACGACGAGCCCGAGGGCGGCGGGGUUGACUGGGGUUGUGGUUGAGGAGGAGCAGAGGGAGGUGUAUGUGAGGUGA